GGAGAAGACGAGAGAGCUCCUGUAGCGCCGACUGUGUGGAUCAAAUACUGAAAUGAAUUAAAAAUCAAAUUUCCUCUGAAUUAAUGGUCUAAUUUAAAUGCGAUAGGUCAUUGAACGGGAUACAUCUUGUUAUCGGUUCAGGGGAAGGAAAAUGUUGUGAAAGUGUCUCUAAUGAGUGCAGAUGUAACAAUACAAAAGAGGCGACUGAACGAGUAACCAGCUGGAAAACUGCUCAACUAGCUAUAUUAUUGCUAUAUUGGGUUCACACCCCCUUAUCUUAUUGUACUGUUACAUAUUUUUGGCAAUCAACAAUUCUGUUUGGAAUUCUGUUUUAUGUAAUUGAGUCAUUGCAUCAGUUCUGGUGAUUACUGUUUCAUUGCAGAAAAACAAAACUAAAAAAAUAAAAAAUAAACAUCAGAGUGAGGAGAGUUUAGCUAUUGUUAGUUUUAGGUCGCGCUGUUAUCCUGUUGCAGUGAAGUAAGUUAUAUUAUUAUAAAAAACCUUAUACAUAAACAAUGGCUUCUUCGUCUGGGACCGAUGACGACCUUACCAUACCUAGGGCAGCUAUCAAUAAAAUGAUUAAGGAAACCCUCCCCAAUGUCCGGGUGGCAAACGAUGCCAGAGAACUGGUGGUGAACUGCUGCACUGAAUUCAUUCACCUCAUCUCAUCAGAAGCGAAUGAAAUCUGUAACAAGUCGGAAAAGAAAACCAUUUCUCCAGAACACGUCAUCCACGCACUUGAGAGCCUGGGGUUUGCUUCUUACAUUACAGAAGUAAAAGAUGUUUUGCAAGAGUGUAAAACAGUAGCACUUAAAAGAAGGAAAGCAAGUUCCCGACUGGAAAACCUUGGCAUUCCUGAAGAAGAGCUGCUCAGACAGCAACAGGAGCUAUUUGCAAAAGCGCGGCAGCAGCAGGCAGAGCUGGCACAGCAGGAAUGGUUACAGAUGCAGCAGGCGGCCCAGCAAGCACAGCUGGCAGCGGCCUCGGCCAGCGCAGCACACCAGGCGGGCUCCUCUCAGGAUGAAGAUGAGGAGGAUGACAUGUGAACCUCACCCAGCCACCAGCGUUGCCAACUUCUACAGCAGCUUCACUCUGCACACAAUCAGACAAACACGUAGUCAGGCGAAUGCUUACUUUCAUUCCGUAUGCAUGUCUUGAUGGACUGGGGCAUUAACAAUGCAGGGACACCUCUGCCUGUCAGUGAAGACCAAACCAUUGUGUUGCUGUUUCCAGCUGCACCAUUCAACUUGAUUGUUUUUUUUUUUUUUUUUUUUUUUUGGUGGGUGGUAUUUAACAUAGGUAAAACCCCAGUAAACGGGUCUGUGUCACAGAUGAAAGAUAAAGAAGUCCCCUGCAGAAUUUUAUUUUAAAAUAUCACAAUCCUAGCUUAGACUGUUCUUUUCUGACUGGUAUGGUGACGUGCAUUCACGUAUUUCACACAUGACGUGCCCAGGUAUGAAUACAGUAUUGUUCCCAUUUUACAAGUGUAGAGUAAAUGUUGCAAAUGUCCAAAGCUGGGUUAGAAGCCUCACAGUUUCACAGUGGUUUUUCUUCCCUCCCCACCCUCAAUCUUGCUCCUUUUUAAUUUGUACUUUAUUUGCUAGGAAAGUGCUAACACUCCUAGGAGGGAUGGAUGCUAAGAAAAAGUACCUUAUUUUCAAUGUCUUCCUCAUGAGGACCUGUCUCCUUUUUUUUUUUUUUUUUUUUUUUAACCCCU